UUAAGAUUUUUUUUAAAAAAAUCACUUUUCCCAUUAAAAAAAGGUACCAUAAAUUAUCUCCUCCAAUAUAUACCUACUUAGGGGUUGAGAAUAAAGAAUAAGCUAAGGAGCUUAGCUUAAUUUACCAUGUAAAAAUAACAUGGAUUUGUGCAUUGAUCAAGCUCCAAAUUUCAUUGAAUGGCUAAAGCUUUCUCCACCCUUAGAUUCUCCAUCAUCAUCACCAAUCAUCUCAUCUUCUUCCAUAAUCCAUCAAAAAGCUUAUGAUCAUCACAAUAAGCUCAAAAACCCCAUGAUGAUCAUGAUGAAAUUACCUCUAUAUUACAAACAAGCUCAAGAUCAUGAAGAAGAGACAACUUUACCCCUCUUAAGUAGGCUUUGUGAAGCUAAGGCAAUAAAGGAAAAAGAGGACAAACAUGGAAUUUACAAGAAUGAAGAGAUAAUUAGUGAUCAUGAAGUGGAGAAUUUUACUUUGCACAUUGGGUUACCUAAUAAUAAUAUUAUUAGUACAAAUUAUAAUUAUAAAGAUAAUUUGUCUACUAAUAAUGAUGAUCAUAGUAGGGUGGAGGGCAAGAAAUGUGAUUUGAAAUUAGAGAAGGAAAAAGAAAAAGAUGAUGAUAGUAUGAUGAUGAUGAUUAAUGAUGAUCAUAAAGAAAAGAUUAGGAUGAAUCAUCAACAUUAUUCAUCAUCAUUAAGCUUAGAAAGUAGGUUUUGGAUCCCAACACCAGCACAAAUUCUUAUUGGACCCAUGCAAUUUGCUUGCUCCAUUUGUAGCAAAACUUUCAAUCGCUACAACAACAUGCAGAUGCAUAUGUGGGGACAUGGAUCAGAAUAUAGAAAGGGACCAGAAUCUCUAAGAGGAACACAACCAGCAGCAAUGCUAAGGCUACCAUGUUAUUGUUGUGCACAAGGGUGCAAAAACAAUAUCAACCAUCCAAGAGCAAAACCAUUAAAGGAUUUUAGGACACUCCAAACACAUUUUAAGAGGAAGCAUGGCACCAAAGGAUUCAUGUGUAGGAAAUGUAGCAAAGCUUUUGCGGUUAAAGGGGAUUGGAGGACUCAUGAAAAGAAUUGUGGCAAACUUUGGUAUUGUACUUGUGGUUCCGAUUUCAAGCACAAGAGAUCUCUCAAAGACCAUAUUAGGUCUUUUGGUAAAGGACAUUCCCCUCAUCCUUCCCUCGAAGGAUUCGAGGAGGAGAAAGAAUGCAUCACGAGUACUACUGGCUCCUCUGAUGACGACUAGCUAGUCAGCGAACAAGAAAAAUUAACAUAAAAUUACUCCAUGGAUGAAUCAUUAUGAAUCAUUCCAUGUUAGAAAGCUUUAUUUUUAACGCUUAUAAUGUUUGGUUUGCAAGCUUAUCGAGAUUUGUGCUCUAAAACAAAAAACUCCUCAAGAGUUAGGAGAGGUUUGUUUGGGAGCACGAGUUAAUUAAUCUAUGUGAUAAGCAACAAGUAGUUAUUUAUUUAGUUCACUACUUGUUUAGGAGUUUAAUUGAGUUACUUGUUUUCUUAGGUUGUUGGAUAAUAAAUUGAGUUAGGGAUUAAUACAAAUUGAUGAAGCUAAAGAAUUUUCUUCUUCCCAAAAUGAAUGAUUUUUAAUGGAGGAAAUUUAUUAGCUUCAUCAUUAGUUUGUUUUAACCCUAGAUAAUGCACAAGUUGUUACUUGUAUGUUGGUGUAACUUUGAUUUGUGGUUUGCUUAAUUUCUUGUACUUCAAUGAUAGUGUGUUGGAAAGUUGAUUAUGUUUCUUAUGUUGCAAUUUAAUUAAUAUUCUCCCUUUUUUUUAGUGA